AGAGACUGCUCAGUACCUUGAUUUCAGUUCUUUUUGACUUCAUGUAAUAUUCAGUUUUGUUCAUGGGUUUCUGGAUAAAAAUGACUAAGAAGAACCUCUUUUUAUUUUUGUGUCUUAACUCGGCAUGACGGUGCUCUUGAUAAUGUCACAAGCUGAUGCUUUGACCCAAGGCUGCAGCUCAGUAGCAGAGUGUGUGGACUUGAGAUAAGGUCAACAUUGAGCAGAAGAACUUUGAAGCUCACAGCUUUGAUGUGGCACAGUGCUGAGGCCGGUCAAAGAUGACGGAAGAGGUGAUUGUCAUCGCCAAGUUUGACUACACUGCACAACAGGACCAGGAACUGGACAUAAAAAAGAAUGAGAGGCUCUGGCUUCUGGACGAUUCCAAAUCUUGGUGGCGAGUACGAAACGCAACAAACAAAACGGGCUUUGUGCCUUCCAACUACGUAGAACGGAAGAAUAACGCAAGGAAAGGUUCCAUCGUGAAGAACCUGAAGGACACUUUAGGAAUCGGCAAGGUGAAGCGGAAAACAAGCAUGAGGGAAGAGGCGUCAAACGCAGACGCGGACUUCUACUCCAGUAACGGCGAGCGGCUGUAUGACCUCAACCUGCCGGCGCUGGUGAAAUUCAGCUACACCGCAGAGAGGGAGGACGAGCUUUCGCUGGUGAAGGGCACCAAGGUCAUUGUCAUGGAAAAGUGCAGCGAUGGCUGGUGGAGGGGGAGCUACAACGGACACGCGGGUUGGUUCCCCUCCAACUACGUGGUGGAAGACUCGGACUGCCAGUCGGCGGACCCCGUGGGAUCGCUGACCGAGAAGCUGGCCGCAGUGGUGCAGACCGCCAACAGCAACCGCGUGCUGCACGUGGUGCAGGCCCUCUACCCCUUCGGCUCCAGCAAUGACGAGGAGCUCAACUUCGAGAAGGGCGAGAUCAUGGACGUCAUCGAGAAGCCGGAGAACGACCCCGAGUGGUGGAAGUGCCGGAAGAGUGACGGGCAGGUGGGGCUGGUACCCAAGAACUACGUCAACGUGCUGCAGAACUCCCAGAGCUGCCCGGGAAGUGCCGGGCCCCCCACACCUGACUGCGACUAUAUCGGGCCGGCUGCCAGCGGGAAGUUUGCAGGAAGACAGUGGUACUACGGGAAAGUCACCAGGCAUCAGGCAGAGGUGGCACUCAAUCAGCGGGGAGAAGAGGGCGAUUUCCUCAUUCGCGACAGUGAGUCUUCGCCAAACGAUUUCUCCAUCUCCCUGAAAGCACAAGGCAAAAACAAGCAUUUCAAGGUACAGCUCAAAGAUGGGCUGUACUGCAUUGGACAGCGCAAAUUCAACUCCAUGGAGGAACUGGUGGAACAUUACAAAAAAGCCCCCAUUUUCACAAGUGAACAAGGAGACAAACUCUACCUUAUUAAGCCUUUAUCCUGAUCUCCAGAGAAUGAAACUGAUUUCUUUUUUCUGUUGUGACCAAUUGGUGGAAAUUAGAAACAAUACAGUGGACUCCCAAGUACCCAGAAAGACUUCCUGGAUGACUAUUGAUUUCAUUGAGUUGUGUUUAGGUCAUAGUAUGUAUUGUAUAUUGACUACAACAUUUAUUUAGCAAUACUUUAGUUUUGUUAAUAUAUAUUCAUAUAAAAGCUUGCCUUUUCCAGUGUGAUUCAUUUAACUCUGGAAUUUUGAAAAGGUGAACACGUGAUUUAUCUCACACCUUACUAUGUUUAUGAGCAAAAGAUCCAGCCUGAGAAAAGUGUUUUACAUUUCAUGGAUUGCAAGUGAGCACAUUAACAUUAAACUAUGGCUUGAUCCCUUCAAUACUUACAUGCACAGUGCAGUUAACAUGUUUUGCUUUGUCUGGGCAACACUUUAGUAAAACGUCAGGCAAAGCAUUGAUUCAGAAAAGUAUAUGAUUUUUUUUAAUCAAAUUUCAAAGUAUAUUAAGCUAAAAUCGAUUUUUUUGGAAAAAGCACCCAAACGCUUUAAUGGCAGACUUUUGUGGUGGGCUGCAUGCUACCAAAUCAACUCUGAAUGUUUGGUAUUAAAAGUUGGCUUCUAAAAGCGUUGCAUGGAACUUUAUUGAAAUAAGGUGUAUGUGUUUUGGGGGAUCUUUAAGAGCAGGUGAAAAUGGAAAUGAUCAUGUUACAUUAACAUACUGCCUUCCCUGUUUGCAGUGAAUCGUGUGGCCAGGCCAGGGUGUUUCGAGGAGAAGUGUGUCUCUUGCUAGAAGGUCUUACUAGAAUGGGUACCUACUGUAUCAAAGAUCUUGCCUGACUUUUUGUAAACGUCCCACAUGUCUAUCACUUCAGAUGAAUAGAACUGUCUCAUUGCAUAAGAUGUUUCUCAUGAAAGGGAAAAUGAAAGGCUUACUAUUCAACUGUGCCAGGUCGCCUGCUUGCAGGGAGUGCUCUGUAUUCCAAAGUGGUGCUGCAUCACGAUACCAAACGUUGGGCUAAAUUUGUAGAUGCCGGAAAACCACCUUCACAUCAGUAAUUAAAAAAGAGUAGUGUAAACAUAAUGUGAGUUAAGCUAAUAAGCACAGUGUUUUAAGUGACGUUUUGGGUCCAAUAAGUUACAAAAUUGUCUUAAGAUUUGAACUUUUAUUUGCAACAACUUUUGUUUUCAUGAGCCCUUAAAUUAAGCAAGAUUGGGUUUUUUUUUAACCAUUUGUACGAUGUUCACUUUUCCACGUUUUGAAGUUUUUUUGUGUGUGAUGCUCAUUGCAUUUCUGAGUCUUUGCAGAGUUCUAGUUGUUCAUGGGUGACUCCUGAACUGAUGUGUGUUGGGCCAUACAUUUAUUUAUAUACAAGAACAUAGAAGCUUCGGUUCCUAUUGCUUAAUAUAUUUUGAAUAUAGGGCCCUUUGUCUUGGAGAAACUCUGUAAAAGUGCAGAAAUGAGAUGAUCAGUCAUUUCUUAAAGACCCUGUUUAUGGAAUCCAAAAUUAGAAUUUAUAGAGCUUCUAAAAUGUGUUGGCUUCUUCAAGCAGCUGCAUGGAGAAGAACUGAAAUGUAAAUCCAAAAAAUUUGAUACCAAUAACUAAAUGGAGCCAUGGGGAAGACCUCUGCAGUACGUGGCACUUCAUCAGUGUGGUUUGAUCACCAUUUUAGUCAAUAACCUACAUGCAUUUUCUUGUGGAAGCCUGUAACGUUUAGCCCAUCUAUAUGGUGUUCUCCAGUAACCUGUAUGAACUUUCAUUGCAUCAUCGUGCAGUUGUUUGAAUCAGCCUACCAGAUUGGACCUUAGUUGCUUGUUUUUUCCUUUUACAUUGUGACAUUUCUGUGCAAAUGUGCUGUUCUUGGUUUGUCUAGUAAUGCAUUACCAGCAGGAAACUUUAAUUUUUACAGCAGCACUGCUUUCCUUUCUAAUGGAAAGAGCUGUCUUGUGCCAAAGUUCCAGAGUGGAACGGAAGAUCAGUGGUUACGCUUCUGAUGAAUAAGAGUGAGAGUGGUUAGUGAAGGGUGGACGAAGCUGAAACAAGACUGUAUUACGCAGAUGUAUGCAAGGGAUUGUCAAAAAAGGAGGAGUAAGUGUUUGUAUCCUUAGAUUGCCAUGGAGUUCUUCCACUCUUGGACCUAAAUGAUUAGUCUAAUUAAGAAUUAGCUCAUUGUUUUCAUGUAUAAAUGUUUGAUUUGAACCAUGGUUGUGAGUGAUGUCAAGUAAAGCGUAGCUUCAAAAGAUUGUGAUGUCUGUUCUGUGUGCUUGCUCACUAUAAGUGAAUUCAGAUUACAUUUUCUUUGAUUGCCUAUCAGUGUCCUUAGAAGAUAUGUUCCUCUUGAUAGUCUUGUGCUUCUAAAGCUCUUGGCCUGAAAAGCUAUACACAGUCUUCCUGAUCUCUUUUUUUUGUUUGUUUAAUUUGUUUGUAUUAUUGAGAUUCAUCAAUUUUGCCAUUAGUACUGAAGUUCUGGUAUCUGGGCUUGAAGUGUACCUUUUGUACAGUCAUCAUGCUCAAGAUUAUUGUAAAGUAUGUCCUUAGGAACCAUGCAUUCCAGCAAAUUGCUCUGAAUUCCAAGUGUUUCUACACCAAAAAAAGCACAGUUGAAGCCAGGUUUGGAGAACCUGACAACUGUUCUUUGUAUGGAAAAAAAUUCGAAGUAAAGAUUCAAAGAUUGAGUAAGGGACCAAGAAUCUGUAAAGCUGAGGAGUCCAGAAUGCCAGAUGAGUACUGAAUAAACGAGCAGGUAGAUGGGCAUGUUUAGGCAAGGAGAACACAAGAAAGAAAGACUGCAGGAUCUCUGUGGUGUUUAUAGUUCAUUGUGAACAACAAACAAGAAAAGAGUCAUUUUGUCCUUCACCCAGGGAAGUAGGCAUGAAUUCUUUCAAAUAAGUUUGAAGUGGAGAUGGUAACAAUGCCGACUGAGGAUUUAAUGGUCGGGGAGGGAUUGAGAGUAUUUGUAAAACGGAAUUUGGCUGGAAUCUUAAUUGUACAAAUUAUGCUUAUGCCAAAAAAAGUUUAUUUUUUAAUCGAACAGUUGAGGCAAGACACUGAGAUUGACUAGGCCAUUUUUGAUAUGUGCCUUAGCUGCUGUCUAAACCAAAGCUUGGCUGCCGGAAUGAUGCAUGCUCUUAUUUUGAUGUGUCCUGCUGGUUGACCAUGCCUUCGUAUUUUUAAAUGUUGAUCUUCAUUCAUAGCGGAAAAUGAGUAAUGCAUCCUUAAAUAAUACAUUACCCUUGUUUUAAAGGCAGUUAUGUUUUAUCCAAGUAUUUUGAAGAGUUAACACUUUAUUUUUCAAAGCUUGAUUUGUGUUUUAAAACUAGAAUCAAGUUGACCUCAAUUUGCUGUAGUUCUUUCAAGACUGUGUCUAGAUAAUGUAACGUGACAUAGGAGUGAUAUAAAGGUCUUGACUAUUUCAAUAUUCUAGAAUUUGGUCUACACAGUAUUAGAUUAUUGUCGCUAGCAUGGAAACAAUUGCCAAUGAUUUCAUAUGAAGUUUCUGCACACCAGAACAUGGUUUAUGCCAUUAUCCAUCAAAUAUUGUUUCCCAAAGUAAAUUAUCUAAUUGCGAACUUGUCUGUACUGGAUUUGUUUGAAAUUGCAGAGCACUCUUUGUGAACAAUAGAAAGGAAUAGGCUAUACUGUGAAAAUUAUUGUACUCUUCAUUUUGUUUGUGGAGGGGAAUCGGCUUCAAGUGACAUUUUUAAGAAAAUUAUUAGGCUGUAAAAAAAGUAAUAAAAUUGUUAACUACAGUA